GGUCGAGACAGCUGAUUCUGGCAUCACCAUCUCCGAGGCCGACUGUCACGUUGUCACAACACACUUUGUGUAGUUAUUUUUUAAAUACAGACCACAAUGUUCCGCCGAAAGUUGAUGGCCCUCGAGUACAUGAACCCCGAAACUUUUAAUAUUAAUGAUGAGAAGAGCUUUCGUGACUUGAUUGUUUGGCUGGAGGAUCAGAAGAUUCGGCAUUACAAGAUUGAAGACCGUGGUGAUCUAAAAGCAAUUGACUCCAAUGAGUGGCCCACGACAUACAAGCGCUAUUUAGGAGGACUCAACUGCCCCACAAAUCCUAAUGAUAGACAAGCAGUGGUAGAUUGGUUGCUGGGACUGGCUGUACGAUUCGAAUAUGGUGAUAAUGUGGAUAAGUUCAAGACCGAGACGGCAGAAAAUGUUCGAAAUAGGCAGCAGAGUGCCCCCAAAAUUGUCAACACAAAUCCUCUGGAUAGUCUAGACUUCCAAAGUCCAGAAUUUAGAGAUGGAGUUAACCGCCUGGCGAAACAACUGAACAUCACGCCGCAUCCGAAUCAUCUUAUCACCCUUAAGGCCAUAAGUAAGCUCAUUAGAACUCGUCUGUCAACAGAAGCACUACAGAAUCCAGGAGAGUUUGUUCACCAGGUAUAGUAUUGAAUAUUUAGU